AUGGCUCGAGCUCGAUGGAGGAUCGACACGCUGCGAAUGGCAGACAACAACUUUGAUCAGCAUGGCUCGAGUCGAAGGAGGAUUGACACACUCAUUCACUGCAAACGCGUCCUGGUGUCAUCCGCAAGUGUUCAUGCCAUGUCAGCACUUGCCAGCAUGUGUUGGGUAUUUGUGCAUGGUGCUGGUGGUGUUGGACACAUUGUGGUGGUCAUUGGUGUUGGUGGUAUUGGGGUAUGCACCAAUGCUGGCACAAAUGGUGGAGGUACCACAGAGUCAUACCUGGACCCAUACCCAGGACCUGCAUGGGUUACCAGUACCCAUGCUAAUCCCUAG